CACAUAACAAAAGCACGUGCUCAUUUGUCAAAAGCAGACGUCAAAAUGCUCGCUAUCAACCUGUGCUGUGAAGAAAGCUAAAACUUUGUAGGUUAAACUGAAUAAAGGUGAAAGAUGGACAUUGAAAAGGAAAGUCAGAAGCUGGUGACUAACAUCUUAGUGGAGCUCUGUGAUCAAGUGCUUGAACAUUGUCAUAGAAAUGUGUGUACUGAAAACAAUGGAAACAAAAUAUUUGAUGAAACAGAAAUUACAAAAUGUGUCCAAGAAACACUUUCUUAUAUUGUUGAACGGUGUUGUCUUUGUCCAAAUCAAGAACUAAAAGUGAAUAUUGAAGACGGUAAAUUAAAAACAACUUGUAACAUUCUUGCUGAUGAAGAUAGGAAAAAAGACCGGUAUUUAGAUAGCAUGUUUCACCAAUCAGCACCAAUAAGUCAGGUUGAGAAAGCUCAAAACACAAGUAGCAAAAGUUCAUAUAUGUAUCAUGUUUUGGGGAUAGAAGAAGAUAAUGUUUCUAUCAAAUGUCAUUCACAAAUGACUGAGUAUUUAGCAAUAGAUAUAGACUGUACAGAUUCUGAGCAGACGGCGCCAACACAUAAUACUGUACCUUGUGGAAAAGAUGAAGUCUCUGUUCAGGAAAACGGGUGUUUGGAAGAUGAAUUUGCCUUUGAUAAAGAAGAUAAUUUCUCAGAAAAUGAUCUUUGUCAGGACAUUGGAGAAGAAUGUUUUGAUGUAAAAGAGGGUGUUAAAGAAGCACAAUUAGAUAAACAAGUAGCUGUGCAACAUGCGAUAGAUGCCGAUAUGGAAUCUGUGGAUCAAACAAUUGUACCAGACCAAGAACACAGUACCAUUCAGCUAUAUCAGGAAGCUGAACCUCACAAAUUGGAUCGGACAAAUGAAAAUUUUGAGAUUCAAGUAAAAAUGCAGCAUCAGACACAUUUGGAUGAAGAACAAGAAGAUCUAAGGGAUAAAACUGCUGUGAAGAAUUUGAGUUUUCAGGAAAUUGUGCAUGACCAUUCACUUGACCAAUCUGUCAAACAAUGUCAUUUUCCCAAGCAAAAUGAUGUAGAUGAUCGGAAAUCUGGACAGACAUUAGAAAAGGCUGUAGACCAAGCUUCUCAGCAAAAUGUGGUGAAAGACCAUUUGAGUACGCAAGAUGUUUCACAAGGCAAGCCUUCCAAACAUACUGUUCUAGACCAGGUAUUUGAGCAAUCUGUUGAGCAAGACAAGGACAUGACUUCUCACGAAAUUGUUCAAGAGCAAACAUCUGAACAAUCUGUUGAGCAAGACAAGGACAUGACUUCUCACGAAAUUGUUCAAGAACAAACAUCUGAACAAUCUAUUGAGCAAGACUCUACAUUUCGGGAAACUCUUGAGCUUGAAUGGAAAUAUGAGCAAUCUGUUGAGCAAAACCAGAUUUUUAUUCUAAAUGAGUCACAAGAAACUCCACAUUGCAUAUCUUAUGGACAAUUUAUAGAACAUGACCAAGCUUCUCAGCAAAAGUUGCUACAAGACCAAACAUUUGAGAAAUCUGUGCAACAAAACAAGACUCAUCAGGAAAUUCCUUUGCCUGGCUGGACAUUUGAACAAUAUAUUGAACGAGACCAGGCUAAAUCUGAGGAAAAUCUUGUUUCUGAUUGGUCAGCAAAAGCAUCUCUUGACCAAGACAAGACUUUUAUGUUAAAUGAGACACAAGACCAAACACCUGAAGCAUCAGUUAAAAGGAAGGAGAUUUUGAUGUUAAAUGAAACACAAGACCAAACCUGUGGACAAUCUGUAAAACAUGACCAGACUUAUAGGCAAACUAUAGUAAUAAACCAAGUAUCUAAACAGUGUGAUGUAAAAGAUCAGCCUUUCAAGCAAAAUGUGGACAGUCAAAUAGCUGUGCAAUAUGUUGAAAAUAAUCAGACUUGUCAGGAAGUUAUUUUGCCUGAGCAGACAUUUGAACAAUCCGUUGAAAAAAAACAGGCUUCUCUGCAAAAUGAGACACAAGACCAGACAACUGUAGCAUCUGUUGAACAAGACCAGACUUCUCAGCAAAAUGUGGUGCGAGACCAGUUGUCUAAGCAAUGUGUUGCACAAAACCAGCCUUCCAAAGAAACUGUGCAGGACCAGGCCUUUGAGCAUUCUGUGAAACUACACAAGGACAGGACUUAUGUGGGAAUGGUGCAAGACCAGACAUUGACUCCUGAACAACCUGUUGAACAAAACCAGACUUCUCAGGAAAUUGCUGUGCCUGCCCAGACUUCUUAUAAAAAUGGAGCAUUUGACCAAGCACAUGGACGAUCUGUUGAACAACACCAGAUUUCCAAAGAAAAUGUAGCAAACGAUCAAAUAAUUAUAGAGCACAGCGUUGCGCUGAACCAAAUUUCUAAGAAAAAUAUUGUACAAACAUCAAAGGUGAAAGACCAUAUAAUCACAGAAAACAUACAAGGUCAGAGAGUUGAGAAAACUACAAUGCAAGGCCUGAUAUUUGAGAACAAUGUUCUACAAGAUCAAAUAUUUCCACAAUCUAUUGUGCAAGUACAGACAUUGGAGCAAGAUGUUUUGCUGGAACAGAAAUCUGAGACAACUGCAGUGCAAGUUGGAAAGGAAUCUGAAAAUUUUAAAGAUCAAACAUUUGAUGGUGUAAUGCAAGAGCAAGUCACACAGAAAAGUGUUCUUUCAGAGAAUAAAAUCGAACAAGCCAAUCUACAUGACAAUCAUGUGGAGAAAACAACUUCACAAAAAGCAACAGUUGAUAAGGAAGAGAUUGAAAAUGAGCAAAUAGUUCAGCAAAUCGCUGAAGAUCAGAAUUUCAAUGAACACAAUAUGUCAGAUAUUGAUAUUAAAACCUUGAAACUUUUUGAAAAUUCUGAAGAACAGUUUUGUCAACGACAUCAAAUAACCAUAAAACAAAAUGCUGUACAAAUAGAUAGAACAUUGAAUGGUGAAUGUGACCAUUACAAAGUCAGGAAUGAGAAAAGGAUUGAAGUCUUGGACGAGAAAAUGAUUGAAGGAACUGAGCUCUUUUCUUCACAUGAAAACUCAAAGGACAAAAAUAAUGAACUAUCCCUGAUGGGUGCAACAGAUCAAAGAAUGAUUUCUCAAAAUCAGCAGGUGCAAUAUUGUUCUGAAGAGAAUCCAUCCUGUAGACCAAAAAGGAAUUUUGUUGCUGCAGAGGACACAAAGUUCACUAAAGAGGAAUCGGAUAUAAAAAGACUGUGUAUUGGCUUGCAAUGCUCUUCAUCAAUGGAGGACCAAGCUGUACCAUCUGUUGAGACUGCAGAUCAUUUCCUGACCCAGGAAGAAGCAUGCAUUUACAACUGUUAUGGAGCUUCAAAACCAUUCAAGAAAGAGACCAUUGGAGCAAAUGAAAUCUGCACUAAUGAUUCAGUGCUGGACGCUGAACUCACAGAAAAACCAAUAAUUCAAAAUGAAUGUGACUUGCCAGAUCAAGAAAUGCCUUCACGGGAAGGUGGUGCAUUUAAAUGGAAGUAUGUUCCUUCUUUUGAAACUGAUGCUGUUGCUCCAAAGAAAGAUGAACAGGAUGGUUGUGUGCAGCUGAUCAGGGUUGUGUCUCUUCCCAUAUGCAGAAAACCUAGGAGACUUGGACUUUCAAAAAAACAAAAGAUUCAACAUUUACAUCCAAAAUUUCAUCCUUAAUGAGCAAGCAUUGAUUAAAAUGUAAAAUUAUAUCUGUCCAGCCACAAUAUUGAGUGAAGCGUAUCUUAUAAACUCCUGAAAUGAAGAGUUAUGCCCCUUUUUGCAUAACUGCUUUUAUAAAGCAAUGAUGGGUUUUCUCUCAAACUUGGCAUAGUACUUCCCUAUAAUAUAAUGCUGUGUCCUUUAGCAUGUCGUCAAAUUUGGACAAUUUUUUUCUAGAGAUUUGCCCAUUUUCAUGCAACUUUUGUCCAGGAUAUUACGUCAAAAAUAUCUAAUACAUUGAAGUACUUAAUUGGAAAUUUUAUUAUACUGAAGUUGUGGAGGGUGUGUGUGUGUGUGUGUCGGGAAUCAGGUUGUCUGUCUGCUCUAUUCCUCCCAAAGUAAUGCACCGAUUCAUUGAUUCUUGGUACACAGAACCCUUACAUAGAGGGGAUGUGUAUGAAGUAUAUAGAUUGGUUCACAUUGCUACUUGGUUCACAUAUUGCUUGUAUUGAUCUGAUGUGAAUAAAUCAUAUAUAUCGACUCUAAUGCGGCGACUAAUGUGGAGACCCUUCCCAAAGUAUUGCACUGAUUUAAAGGUUGUUACUGCAUACAUAUAGACACCCCUGCAGGGAUCGAAAAAAUUAGAAUGGUUUUGUGCCCCUAUCUUAAAAAAACUUUCUAAAAAAUGAUAACUGUGAUUUUUUGUGAAUGGGAGUGGGAGGGUGGUGUUAGUCAGCCAUCCUGUCAUGGCGACAGUUUUAGUUGUGUUUAUCAUGUUACAUGGGGGUGGGAUGGUGGUAUUAGUCAGUCAUCCUGUAGUGACGACAGUUUUAGUUGUGUUUAUCAUGUUACAGUGGGGUGGGAGGGUGGUAUUAGUCAGCCAUCCUGUCCAGGCGACAGUUUUUGUUGUGUUCAUCAUGUAACAUGGGAGUGGGAGGGUGGUAUUAGUCAGCCAUCCUGGAGUGAUGACAGUUUUA